CUUCCCAGUCCAGCAGGCCUCGCCGUGGCCCGUGGCCUCUCCCGCCUGGAUCGUCCCGUUCGUGCGGCGGCGUCCGCUGUCCGCUGCUGCCGUCUGACCCCGGAUCUCGGUCGCCCCGCUGCCUCUGCUCCCGGCCACUAGCCGCGCAUUCCCCGCUAGGCGGGGGGCCCUUCUUCCGCCGGUGUCUCCCGCAGCUCGCUGCCCCCCCCAUUUCCCAGGCGGGGAGAGGUUCGAGGUCGGGGCGGAGAUGGGAGGCGUGCCCUGGAAGCGGGUGGAGCUCGCGGCGCUCGUCGUCUACGCGCUGGGCUUCUACCUCGACAUGAUCCGGAGAUCGCUUCGCCUCUCGCACGAUUACUCCGGGAGGCUCUACGGACUACGCGCGGGGUCACUUUCGGGCCAUCUGAAUGACCUGUCCGAUGCGCAAUGGAGGAACUUCCGUGGGAACUUGCCUGUUCUGACCGCGGUAAUGGGGGCAUUUCUGAUGUUAGUUAAUGGGCUGCGAUACUGCUAUGGCCUGAAAGGCCGUGGGACAGCCUUGUUGUGGCUUGUGCUGUCCUUGAGCUAUCUGUGUUAUCUUCAUGGCGCUUGUGUUGUCUUCAUUGUUUUAAUUUCAUUGAUUAAUUACUGUAUCGUCAAGCUAUUUGCUCAUUAUAAGUAUUGCACAAGCCUCAUUUGGAGCUUCAACUUGUCUGUUCUUGUUCUUAACCGAGUUUAUGAAGGCUAUUCAUUCUCAUUGUUCGGGCAAAAUCUGGCUUUUCUAGACAAUUAUCGGGGUACAUUUCGAUGGCACAUAUGCUUCAAUUUUGUUGUAUUACGGAUGAUUAGCUUUGGAUGUGAUUACUGCUGGACAGUUCAUUCUUCUCACUUUGAUCACAAGAAACAUAUGCAAAGAUGUCAGGUUUGUUAUUCUGGCAAAACAUGCUACUUUGCUUUGCAGGAAAGAGGGCUCAGUGUUGACAGGUACACUUUCCUCACAUAUUUAUGCUACUUGACAUAUGCUCCACUCUACAUUGCUGGUCCUAUUGUUGGAUACAAUGCCUUUGCUGCUCAGUUAGAGGUACCUCAGAAAAACUAUUCAUUUGCACAAAUAUCUUUGUAUGGCCUGAGGUGGAUCUUAAAUUUCCUCAUUAUGGAAGGCAUGACACACUUUUUCCACUACAAUGCCUUUGUAGUAAGCCGAUUAUGGCAGCACUUAUCCCCAUUUGAGAUCUUCAUCAUCAGUUAUGGGGUUUUAAACUUUAUGUGGUUGAAAUUCUUUCUUAUUUGGCGCUACUUCCGGUUUUGGUCACUGGUUGGAGGAGUCGAGACACCUGAAAACAUGCCUAGGUGCAUAAAUAACUGUCACGAUCUGGAGAGUUUCUGGAAAAGCUGGCAUGCUUCUUUUAACAGAUGGUUGGUUAGGUACUUGUACAUUCCUCUUGGUGGUUCUCGAAGAAAGCUACUGAGUAUCUGGGUGAUAUUCACGUUUGUAGCAGUGUGGCAUGAUUUGGAAUGGAAACUUGUUUCGUGGGCGUGGUUAACUUGCUUAUUUUUUGUUCCGGAGAUAUUGGUCAAAUCUCUAUCCAACAAAUUUCAGGCAAGUAGUUCCCUUGGGAUCCUUGUUCAUCGUGAAUUUAAAGCAAUUGCUGGUGCUGUGACAAUCAGCUGUCUUAUGGUGGCAAACCUUGUCGGUUAUGUUGUGGGACCAUCUGGGAUUAAAGUUCUGCUCUCAAAAAUGGCUGGGAAGGAUGCCAUGCCUGCCCUUGCCUACAUAUUUACUACCUUCUACGUGGGUGUUAAGCUUAUGUUCCACAUACGUGAUGAACGCCCGUGCCAGGGGUGAUUGGAUGGAGCUGAAGAUCAUGUCUUCAGUUUUGACCCAUACGCUUACACGCUCAAGCAACUACUCUUUUCUGUUUUGGCUUUGUUCUGGAACACAUUUAGCUUAUAGCUUCAUCUCCUGUAAGCGUUGAUUUCUGAUUUUGCUGUAGGAUAGAGAGGUAAGGAGCUUACUGAUCCACCUGCUGAAUCGACACAAGUUGAGUUGUAACCAUGAUUUCUGUUUGACAAUAUACCCGCGAUGGGUAAGCCUAACUCAAUUUUUUUUGAAUCAUGAAUCCAAAA